AUGACUACCACAGGAAUUCAGGCGCGCAGUAGGUCGCUAGAGAGCUUUCCUAUCGAGCUGUUGUACGAGAUCCAAUACUACGCACUCUCAUCUUCCCUUCCCCUCACCUCUAAGCACUUCUAUGCCGUAUUCAAAUCCGCUCCUUCAUCUUUCCAUGCGCAAUAUCUCGUUGGUCGCUACUUCCAUUCCGAACGUACCACCGCUCGACGUACGACCGGGUUGUUUACCACCGUCCUCAGAUAUCCCAUAUGUAGCCAAGAAGUGCUAGAAGCCGUAGUUCGUUCCAAAUUCGACGAGGUGUCAUACCCAAGGGGGCGAAAAGGGGUGGUCAUUGAACUGCCUCGGAGGCUUUUCCGCACACUAGCCCCGCGGACACUAGGUGGCCAAGGGAAGCCAAAUCACAGCAACUGGUCAGAAAACGAUACUCCACUUCCCUUCCUUCGCUACCUGUACGACCACCCACGUCUUCCUCCACCAUUCAUCGAUUCAUAUGACGGGUAUGCGCUUACAAAAGCCGUAUAUGCUGGCUUCAUACCUUUGGUGCGCUUCCUUCUUGCUCAUGGCGCGUCACCCGCCUACAAGGACGGGAUCGCCGUGAUGGUUGCUAUUCGGCGGAAGGACCUUGCACUUGUUCGCAUGCUUGUGGAACGCGACCAUCGGGGUGUCAACGAGCAGAGAACAUCCUGCACGGGCAAAGGGAAGAGGAGAAAGCUUGGGGACAGAGUGCGAGUGAAUCCACAGAUGCUGAAAGCGGCAGUAAAGUGCGACGCGAGAGAUAUCGUGGAAUACCUGAUGAGGGAGAAGGGCUGCAUCCCAGAUAUGCAGACUGUGCUGCUGAUGGGUAGUAGGUAA